AUGUCAAGGGCAAUUUGGUGUGGCGACAUAAAGCAAGGUCCAUGGUUUAGUGGUUAUGACCUUGGAAUUAAUUCUAAAGAUAGAGCUUAUUGUCAUAACUGGGGUCCAAAACCACAUGGAUACAAAAAGUUAAUCAGAAACGUACAUGGCCAAUUUACUGCAGAUGAAUAUGAAUUUGGUCAAAUAUCACAAGGUCCAUGGUUUGGUAAAGAACUUGGAAUGGGAAAUGAAUCCUAA